AUGUUUUACGCGCUGCUGGGCAUCCUUACCGCCUUCUGUACCACCGGAAUCGCCCAGCCAAGUCCGGAAGAGCUGGCACCAUUGAUUGCUGGACUCGAGAAUCGUCCUCAUGAGAUUGAAGCACGCGUGCCCUUGUCGACAGAUGACCCUACGGUGGUACCCUUGAUAUCUAUGCAAGUAUUCGCACCACCUUCCACUCCUAGAAAUGGAAAAAGCUGCUCGGUGACUUUGCUCCAGCAUACGUUUGGCGAUGGCUCGUAUAAUACUCCUGCCGUUGUACCUUAUACUCCUCCCACCAACUCCGACUGUGGAGAAAUCGGGAAGUGGGCUACAAUUAGUUUGAACCUUUCCGUUUACUCGAUAGGAACUCAAUACGAUAGACUCAGCGCGGUUUAUCUUUCCCAUUCCGAGAUCUGGCGUCACUCCAGUGCGGAACCAACCAAAACUGGGACGAUCUGGAAUACGGUUAAAGACGUCACACAUUUUGCCGCGCUCUUCUCGAAACCCGGCCCGCUUAUGAUGGACUUCAGCAAUAUCAUCGCUCCAGAUUUGCUUCUUGACGGUGUCUUUAAUGUGACAAUAACAGCAACGUUCAAUGCCCCUACGAAAAGUUUCCCAGCUGCGGUAACUUCGGAUACAAUUAUACCACUAUCCAAUCUGAGCCCAACACUCCCUAACUUCUUCGCGAUCUCGGAUGAUAUCGGGGCCGUAACUAAUGUAAUAUUUCCGAGCUCUGCAAUUGAGGCGUACGUUGAAGUCUUCUGCUCCGGUAAUUCUGCAGAAGAAUUUUGGUAUCUCAAUACCCCGGAUGAAUUCGUCGCAAACUUUCCAGCAUCGACUGGUGUGACUGGCAAAGGCCCAUUCCGCGAAGUCCAAGUCCUCGUCGAUGACAAGAUAGCUGGUGUCGUUUGGCCCUAUGCGGUGAUCUACACUGGCGGAAUUACUCCGUCUAAUUGGCGGCCUUUGACAAGCUAUGGCGCAUACGACCAGCCGACAUACUGGGUCGACAUCACACCCUUCAUUCCACUGCUUGUCGAUAAGACAAACACAACGCAUACUGUAACUCUACGCGUCGUAGGGCAGGGUCUCUCUCCCCCAAGCUACAACUCAAACUGGUUUGUGAGCGGGAGCAUCCACAUUCGAACAGGCACUGGGCCAACCUCUGGCAAGAUGACGAAAUAUGAUGUUCCGCGAUUGGAAAUCGCGACAACGGGUGGGACCAGCGACAGCAAUGCUACGGUUUGGACAAAGGUCGUUGCCCAUCGACGGCUCAAUAUCGAAAGCGAGCUAAUUAUGGGGGAUGGGGGAAAGGUCAAAGCCUCCUUUUCGCAAAACUUGGAUUACAGUAAUGUCGCGCGGUAUAUCGACGAUGGCUGGAUUCAGUGGGGUGUGCAAAGCACAACUGGAACAACUUUGGCUACUCAUCAAGGGAAACAAGUCCUGCGCGACGCGUUUGACUAUCCACUAAGCGUGUUCUCCAACUACUCCCUAUAUUCGCAGGAGUUUGGUAGCUACAAUUCAGAAAUAAACCAAACUCAUAUCCGUGCCCUUCAACAACCGUUCGACGCUUCUCGUCAGCGGACCAUACGGUCAAUACAACAAGCGCGCGGCCAUGUCUGGAUGGAUAACUGGCCCGGACUUCGACAUGCAAUCAAUGCAACAGGCGCGACGGAGCAGUCGUUUGCCUAUAUCGAUGGACGAGGCGAGACCUAUUUUCGGGAGGUCGCUGCAAAGGAUGACGGCUGGAAGAAGGAUCGAGUAUGGGGAUCGUUGAGAAAUGGAAAUCCACCACUCCCACCAACUCAGUUCCGUACAGUGCAUAUGGAAUUGGAGGACAGGCGCAGGCCUUUGAGGACUCACAACAAUCUUAUCGGACGAUGA